AUGUUCGAAAAGAUCCCACUGGCACCCUCUGACCCCUUGCUGGAGCUCAAGAGGGUUGCAGAUAGUGACAGCAGCCCUCAUAAGGUCAAUCUGGGUAUUGGAGUCUACCAAAAUGAGCAAGGACAAAUAUACGAACCCUACUGCAUCACUAUGGCAAAAGAAAAGCUUGCCCUCGAGGAUCCUGACCACGAUUAUACCGCUGCAACUGGCAUUGAAGAAUAUCUGACGCACACUGCCGAGCUUGUCUUUGGCUCUAACAGUGAGCCGUUGAAAUCACAACGAGUUGCAUCUGUGCAAACGAUUGCAGGCACAGGUGCAAUUCAUCUAGGGGCAUUGUUCUUGAGUAAAGUCGCCACCUCACCGGGCCAGAAAGUAUACGUGGGAACACCUACGUGGGGAAACCAUGAGCCCUUAUUUCAACUCGUGAAGAUGCAACUCGAUAAAUAUAAUCACUACGACAAAGCACUGCGCAAGGUGGAUAUUGAAAGCUGUUUGGCUGCACUCAGAAGGGCGCCUGAAAACAGCGUCUUCAUCUUCCAGGUCUGCUGCCAUAAUCCUACGGGCGCGGACUUUUCGACUCCGCAGUGGCAACUUAUUGCCGACGAGAUGCAGAGGCGGAACCAUGUUCCAAUGUUUGAUUUUGCUUACCAGGGUUUGGGGGAAGGGGAGAAUGAGGAUGCCUAUCCGAUUCGGCUGUUUGCAGCACGGGGAUUCGAGAUGCUAGUGUGCCAGUCGUUCUCCAAGAAUUUCGGCCUCUAUGGUGAACGUGUCGGGGCAUUGCAUGUCGUCACUAAGAGCCGAGAAAAAGCUGGAUGCAUCUUCAGCCAGCUUCGACGAUUAAUUCGUUCGGAGUUUUCCUCGUCACCCGCGUAUGGAGCGCGCCUAGUGAAUAUUAUAUUGAGGGACCAGACAUUACGGCAAGCAUGGGCUGCGGAGCUCGAUCAGAUGAGGACAAGAUUGAAACGUAACCGCCUACGGCUUUACGAGUCAUUUCUCGCUUUGGAGACACCCGGAGAUUGGAGCCAUAUUCUCCAUGAGAAGGGCCUGUUCAGCUAUUUACGCUUGACGCCACAGCAAUGCCACGAACUUACGGCACAUUUCAACAUAUACCUUGUUUCUGACGGCCGUAUCAACGUUGCGGGUCUGAAUGAUUCAUGUAUUAGGAGAGUUGCGCGCCACAUCGACCUAGUUGUUCGCGACAGUCUAAACGCUAUACCGGAAGAAGCAAUCGAGCAUAUCGAGAGUCGGAUAUAG